AUGCGCCUGUUCAAGCGCCUGUUGUGCAACAACACUAUUCGCAAAUUCAUAAACCAGAAUGGAGCUAUCAGUCAGUCGAGUGUCUUCCAGGGCACAUUGUAUGAAUACACUGUUAUGAGAGAACUACAAACAAAGCUCUCAAUGUGUGAACUAGAAAGAGUUGGCGGCGCGAACGACCAUGGCAUAGAUAUCAAAGGUUCUUGGCACAUUAAGAAUAUCUAUCGUAAGAUGAAUCCACUCCUAAACCUUGAUCAGAUAGAAGCGCCUAAGAGAUGCCGAGUCAAUGGUGCCAUUUUCAAGCCUUAUAGAUCCAAAGCCUUAAUGGAAGAUCUGAAAGUACUAGUGCAAUGUAAAGGUCGCACCCACUCGAAGGUGGGUCCCAGGGAAUUCCGUGAGCUCAUCGGCACCUUCACUUCGACGGUAACUCCAACGAAUAGGAACAAGACCGUUAUGCUCAUGUGCUCUCCACACAUGCUUACCAAGAAUGGGCUAAAACUUAUUGAAAUGCUCCCAAUUCCAGUAAUAUAUCUGCGAAUCGAACUGCUGCGAUCAGCGGAAGGUCUUUACGACCUUAUGAAUUCGGGCAGAUUACUCAAUUACUAUGAGAACCAAUUUGCACAACAAUUUCUCCAGGGUUGCGGUAUCAAUGAAUGGCUGAAACUCACAAUGUACAGCGCAACUCAACAGCAAGAUGUAAUAGACGAGAAAGCUACGAAGACUAUUUUGAGCAAUUAA